AUGGCAGAAGCAGUGGUGUCGAUUGCUCUACAAACCAUCCGUGAUUUGCUAUUGGUAGAGGGAAGGUUUUUAGCUGGUGUGGCUGAUCAAGUCAAGGAGCUUGAGAGGCAGCUCAAAGAGAUGAAGUGUUUCCUCCAAGACGCUGAUAAAAGACGACAUGAAAGCAGUACCAUAUCCAAUUGGAUCUCCGAGAUCAGAGAUCUCGUCUACAGAUCCGAAUCCGCCAUUGAAAGGCAUGCAGCUUAUCAAGUUUCUUCAAGGAGAAGAGGCCUCACUCAGUUCGUACGCAAAUAUUCCUGCAUUUUGACAGAUUGCAGCUCACUCCACCAAUUAGGCUCUGAGAUUUCACAAAUUACAUCGAAUCUGGAGAGGAUAAGCAAGGAUAUGCAAAAUAACAGCAUAAAAAGAAGCAUAAUCAUUCAUCCAAAUGGAGAGGGGGAAAGCUCGACUCGAAACAAUAUGUCAAGAAAGACUUUUCCCUAUUUUGAGAUGGGAGAUUGCUUUCUGGGCAUGGAGGAUGAGCUGGAGCAGCUUGUUCAUUACCUAGGAAAAGACACUGAGGAUCGGAUUAUUUCAGUGUGGGGAAUGGGAGGCUCAGGCAAGACCACUAUUGCCAAGAAGCUCUACAAUGAGACGACCGACUUUGAUCUCUCCGCGUGGGUUUGUAUUACACAGCAAUGCGAGAGUCGAUCAGUUUGGGAGGAUGUUCUGAGGCAACUAGAGAAUCAGAAGAAGAAUAAGAAGAGUGUUUCAAGUGUGAAACAUGAGCUACGAAUAAAGGAGGAGGUUCCAAGUCUGAGCAACUUUGAGUUGAUCGAGCGACUAUGUGAGAUACAAAGAGAGAAGCGAUGUCUCAUUGUUUUGGAUGAUCUUUGGGAGCUUUCUCAUUGGGAGGAGUUGAAGCAUCCAUUCAUUGUCCAAAAUUUGCAGAGCAAAAUAUUGGUGACAACACGGAAACAAAAGGUUGCAGAGAUUGGAUUGGCAGUGGAACAUGGCCUUUUACAUAUGGAUGCUGCAAUGGAACUACUAAAAUACAAAGCAUUUCACCAUGGAAACAUUCCAGACUUGGCAUUGGAAGAAAGAUUUGAGAAAAUUGGGGAAGAAAUGGUGCAUAAAUGUGGGUAUUUGCCAUUGGCAAUUUCUUUACUCGGCGGGGUUUUGAGGAAGAAAAUUUCGAUGGAGGAGUGGGAAUUAGUUAAUAAAGACAUCAAAGAAGUCAUAUAUAGAGAUGAAAAGCAGAUUGAUGGAGUGUUGAGCUUAAGCUAUGAAAGUUUACCCUAUUAUAUGAAGCCUUGCUUUUUAUAUAUGGGUAUAUUAUUCAAUGAGGAUGAAACCAUAGAUGCAGGGCAUUUGUAUAAGAUGUGGAUAGCACAAGGCAUGAUUUCAUAUGAGAAUAUUGGAGACAAAGAGGACACUUUAAUGGACAUCGCUGAGCUAUACUUAAGUGAGUUGGCCUCUAGGUCUCUAGUUCAAGUUGAAAUUAUGUUUACUUAUGAUGUCGCAAAUAGAACUAGAAAAUAUGAUACAUGCAAACUUCACGAUGUAGUACGAGAACUAUGUUUGCAAUUGGGGAAAAGGGAGGAUUUUGGUGUGCAGAGUUUGGAAUAUCAAGGUGGAAAACUUAGUACCUUGAUACGGGAAGCUUCCUCGCAUAUGAAAAUACAACAUUUGGCUAUCCAUUUCAGGAGUGAAGUUGAACACGAGCCUGCAGUCACUUGUGGAGAAGAUACUAGCAAGCAUAUAAGGUCUCUUCGAUUGACCAAUCUCAUAAAUUCGAAUGUUUUUCUGUUUCCUCCACAAAGUAUGGUUGAUCUUCAAAAAUUCAAAUUGUUGAGAGAUCUAGUUAUCGUGGGAUUCAAAUUCGCAGGAGGAAAGUUACCAAGAGGAAUCACUAAUCUUGUUCACCUUAGAAGUUUGUGUUUACAAGGAUGUGAACUUGAUAAGCUACCGUCAUCCAUUAGGAAUUUGGUAUACAUUGAUACCAUCGAUUUAGCAAAUACAAUGAAUGUUGAAGUUCCAAAUGUUUUGCAGGAGAUGCUGCGAUUAAAACACUUAUAUUUUCCUUUAUAUGGAGAUGAAAAGAUUGGAAAUUAUCGAGUAAGAUUGGAUGAGGGAUUAGAUGGGUUGGAGAGUCUACAAUUCUUGGAUAGUAGAUAUCAUGAAUUAAAAUGUAUGGACAGAAUGAAGAAUCUCCGACAUUUUUCAGCAAGAAUACACGAUAAAGAAAGCUUAUCAGCCAUCAUGAAGGCCAUUAUGAAGUGGAACAAGAUAGUAUUUUGUAGAGUUUAUAUCGAAGACAGCUGCGACUUAACAAGUGAGCGAAUUCUGGAGAAGGCUUUGAAAUGUCCCAACCUUCAUGGCUUGUGGACUAAGGCUAAGUUAGGGAAGGCGCUAGCAGAGUGCGAGAGUGACUUGAGAACCUCAAAACUUAGGUUUUUGAGCCUGUAUGCGUCCGAGAUUGAGGAUGAUCCAAUGGGGAUACUAGGAAACCUUGCUUGCUUGGUAAACUUGCAAUUAAGGUUUACCAAAGUUGAGAGAGUGGAGAGUGGAGGCAGGAGCCAUGCCCCUUCUGACCCAAUUAAAGAUCAAAGAGUGUUCUUGUUUGGAGAUGAUGCCUGA